CUCGUUCAUGAUAGUUUCUCCAGCUGCCUCGCCUUCGCCAGAGUUUCGGUGCAGCUAGGCGGCAGAGGCCGUCAGCGGCCAUGGGUAUAAAUAUGCCGCGACCCGGCCCCGGUCCAGGACCAGAUUUCUCCAGACUUUCAUUCAUCAACCGUAUCUCAAGACAGAGAGAUCAAAGAACCUCCGUACUAUCAUCAGACGAAAGUAUCUCAACGACGAACUUUUGUUUUCUCGAGUAGUUCCAGGAGAACCACUUGCGAGAACGUUCGAAAGAACGACACACACUCUCUUCGGCCACAACCCAACGCAACCUUCCCACACACAACCCAUCAUGUCGCACUCUACUCUUCAGCGACCCGCUCUUCACGGGCGUAAAGCAUCCAGCAGCAGCUUCGCCGAGACUUUCGAGAUUGCCCGGAGUAAGCUCCAAGACUUCGAUCUCGACAUCGAGUCUCCCAUCGCGGACGCCUCGCCUCCCAGCCCUUCCUCCCUGGUGUCAGAUUAUUCACCAGCAAGUCUCGCCUCUCCCAUCACACACCCCGUCACCCCUGGGCUCGACCCCGAUGUCGCCGACAACUUUGCAUUCGCAUUCGACAUCGACGGCGUGCUCGUCCGGGGCGGAGAGGUGAUUCCGGAGGCAGUCGAGGCGAUGAAGGUCCUCAACGGAGAGAACGAGUACGGCGUCAGAGUACCGUACAUCUUCCUCACGAAUGGCGGUGGCAAGUUCGAGACAGAACGCUGUAUCGAUCUUUCCCGCCAACUCGAGAUUGACGUCUCGCCCGGCCAGUUCAUCUGCGGCCACACGCCGAUGAGGGAACUUGCUGACCGGUACCAUGGCAGUGUCCUGGUCAUCGGUGGCGAGGGCGAGAAGUGCCGGCAGGUCGCCGAGAGCUACGGUUUCCGUGACGUCAUCACGCCGGGCGACAUCAUCAAGGCUAACUCGGCGACGGCGCCGUUCCGCAAGCUCACCGAGCAGGAGUACGCCAACUCCCGCGACCUCCUCGCCGAGGGGCUCAAGUCCCUCAGCGACGUCGUCAUCGAGGCCGUCUUCGUCUUCGCCGACAGCCGCGACUGGGCAGGCGACCUGCAGAUCAUCCUCGACGUGGCCAUGAGCAAAGGCGGCCGGCUCGAGACCCGGUCCGAGACCUUCGAUGAAGGCCCGCCCAUCUACUUCAGCCAUAACGACGUGGUCUGGUCGGCGGCGCACGAGCACGUCCGCCUCGGCAUGGGCGCGCUCCGGCGCAUCGUCGAGGUCGUCUUCAGCGAGGUGACUGGCGGCAAGAAGCUCGAGACGCACGCCUUCGGCAAGCCGCAGGUGGGCACCUUCGAGUUCGCCACUCGCCUGCUCCAGCAGUGGCGGGCCGAGCAGCACGGCCUCGAGGAGAGCGCGCCGCCCGACACGGUCUACUUCGUCGGCGACACGCCCGAGAGCGACGUGCGCGGCACCAACGCCAUGGAUGCAAAGGCCAAGAACAACUGGUACAGCAUCCUCGUCAAGACGGGCGUCUACCAGGACGGCACCGAGCCGGCCUACAAGCCGCGGAAGACGGUGCCCACCGUCCUCGAGGCCGUCCGUCACGGCAUCGAGCGCGAGAUGUCCCGGAGGUCUGCCGCGACCGGGAAGCUGCUCCCGCUCGACGAGGUCGCCAAGAAGGCUGUCGGGUUGUCCGGUCCAAACGGGCUGAAGGCGAUGAACAAUAUCCCUGCUGUCCAAAUCCAGGGCGAGGACGUCGAAUGCCAGUAGCCAAUCAUGGCUUUCCACCAUGUCGUUUUCUCUUCUUCCCGAAGUUACUCUAGUAGUGACCCGGUCCUGAAUCUUUUCGAGUCUUUCAUUUUUUUUGGUCGUUCUUUGGCGAAACUUUUUGAUACCACUUUUAUUUUUAUGCUUUAGAGAAGGAAAACAAACCAAAUGACCGCGCACUUGGAACGCGGUCUUCGGAUUUGGAACAGUUCUAAAGAUGAACUAUGGGAGCACAAUCUUGCAUGACGAUAAAUGGGGAAUGGGGCAUUGGAUUUUUCAAGGAGUUAGACGUCAUAAACCUAGCAUAGAAGCUUCUAUAAACAUGGAGAUCUCCACAUUGGAGAUGGUCACAAAAAAAGAGAAGGGUCCAAGGAAUAUCAAGUGUCAUGACAAACUGUCAUGACAAACCAUCUUCCAUCUUCCA